UCCAACCACCAGUUGCCUCCCACCAGCUGGCUGAUUACGGGACAAACAGGUACGCUGAGAAAUAAUCCUCUCAUAUCGACAGAGGUUUUCACUACUCUCCCCCAUGCUCCCGGCUUGUGGGAAGUAAAAGUCCAGAGAAAAGGAAAGUGGUCUGUUGAUACUCUGAAGCAGCGUGUGCUGUCCGGUGCCCAGAAGAAGGUCGCACCGAGCUAUUAGUGGUUAAUAGCCGAGCUACAGCACAGGCGGGGCAGAGCUUCAAGCUAGAGCCCUGAGCCGGGUCUCGGUUGUUCACAAACACCGGAUUAAGUCUCUGAAAUUGAAGAGAACAAAGAACUUGUACCAGUAAUGGACAGUAUCCUGGAUAGUCUCUCAAAAACUGAAUUUGUGAGCGUGUGUGUUCGAGAUCCUAGACUCCACAAAGAUGACCGCUGGCACACUCAUAUCGACUACGAGAUCUGUUUACAUACCAACAGCAUGUGUUUUCGAAAGAAGACUUCCUAUGUGAGGCGGAGUUACAGUGAUUUUGUUUGGCUGCGUCACUGUCUGGAGGGGAAUGCUCUGACCAUAGAAUUGCCCAAGUUGCCACCCUGGAUUCCCUUCUUUAGUUUGAAGAACAAAGAGCAAGUAUCCAAAAGAAUGAAGGGCCUGCAGGAGUUUCUAGAAAACGUUUUUCAGAAUCCCUUAUUGUUAUCAGAUAGUCGGCUCCAUCUCUUCCUCCAGUCAGAUCUCAGUAUCAGAAGGAUUGAAAGGUGUGCUCUUGGUAAGACCAGGUAUACUGUGGCUGAAGCUAUUCAACUGUCCAGAAGCGGCUACAGCAGUUCAGAGGACAAGAGUUCUUAUGACUCGGACUGCGAGAGCUCUGCAUCUUCAGGUUUGGGAUUGAGCAUCGAUACUAUGGCUCGAGACAGUCCGGUCCCUUUUCAUGAUUCAAAUGAAGGAGGAUUCUCUAAUUGAGGAUUCUCCUUUUCAUAUACAGCACAGUAUUAGUUUUAAAACCUGCAUUACCUUCCCUCAGAUUAUAAAUCUGUGUAACUGCCUGUUUGCGAUAGUCUUUGAAGUCAUGGUAUGUUUGACCAGGAAAGU